AUGGAUAACAUCCUCCGAGGUCUCCAGAACCAGAUCUGUUUGGUGUACCUGGACGAUAUAAUAGUAUUCAGCACCUCGCUGCAGGAACACAUGGUCAACUUAGAACAAGUUUUCCAGAGACUUAGGAACUCUAAUUUCAAAGUGUUAAUGGACAAAUCAGAGUUCCUUAAGUUAGAAACGGCUUAUUUAGGACAUAUCAUCAGCAGCGAGGGCGUGAAUCCUAACCCAGACAAAAAAGCAGCGAUAGAAAAAUAUCCUAUACCUAAAUCUCCUAAGGAGAUAAAGCAGUUCUUAGGACUAUUAGGAUAUUACCGUAAAUUCAUCCCAGAUUUUGCAAAAAUAACAAAACCAUUGAAACAAUGUCUAAAAAAAGGUAAAAAGAUCACUUAUGACUCCGAUUAUGUUAACAGAUUUGAGAAGUGUAAAACUCUUUUGACGAAUGAUCCAAUCCUUAAAUACCCGGACUUUAGUAAGGAAUUUAUCCUUAUUACCGAUGCGUGGAACUUUGCCAUCGGUGCUGUUUUGUCUCAAGGGCCAAUAGGCUCGGAUAAACCCGUCUCAUAUGCUUCGCGAACACUUAAUGAUAGUGAACAAAAUUACUGCACCAUCGAGAAAGAGCUCCUGGCAAUAGUAUGA